AUGGUGGACGUGACUAGGGCUCCACGCACAAAGGACUUUGGAUCUGCAUCCAUCCAAUGUCCGAUGUUAUUAUCGACAAACUACACAGUUUGGUCGAUGAGGAUGAAGGUGGGAGAACAAACCGCAGCGAAGGACAUCUGGAACGCCAUCAAGUCACGACACCUUGGAGCUGAUCGUGUAAAGGAGGCUAGACUUCAGACGUUAAUGGCGAAGUUUGAUAGGUUGAAGAUGGAUGAUAACGAUACCGUCGAUGACUUUGCGGGGAAGAUAUCGAGCCAAUCAUUUAAAGCAGCCUCGUUAGGAGAAACCAUAGAGGAAUCCAAGAUGGUCAAGAAGUUCUUGAAGGGUCUUCUAAGUCAGAAGUAUAUCCAGAUCGUGGCAUUGCUUGAUCAAGUCCUAGACCUAAAAGCUACGGGUUUUAGGACAUCUUUGGAAGGCUCAGGGCGUACGAGGAUCGUAUGUAGAGAACGGAAUGGUAGAGUCAGAGGUCGUGGUAGGACACACAACCAAAAUCAUGUGUCACACACUGACGAAAAAAACUCGAAGAAGGAUCGUUCGAAGCUGAUAUGUUGGAGAUGUGACAAGGCGGGUCACUACGCAACUGUCUAUCCCGAGAAGUCAGAGAAGAGUCAAGAAACCAACCUAAACGAGACAGAAGAGGCUGAUGCACUAUAUGUACACGAGGUGGUGUCCUUAAAUGAAGACAAAGUGAUUCCAAAGAAUUUCGAUAUCAACAAAGGCGAUGCAAAUGUUUGGUAUUUGGAUAAUGGAGCGAGUAAUCACAUGACGGGAAACAAGGAGUUCUUUUCGAGUUUGGAUCAAACACCAAAGGGAAGAUAA